AUGGUUAUUCAUACUUUGAUGUCUGGAUGGAUUACAGCUAAACAGCAUGGGGUGCAUACAACAAGUGAAGUGGGAGAAUACCAUCUCUCAUGGUACUACUCAGCCACCAGAUGGAGGCGGCGGCGAACCCUAGCCGUGCCCCUGCUGCUCUUCCCCAACGUGCCGCUCGGCUAUCCCUUCGCAUCUGGUGGACAGAAUCGACUCCGGUGGUAUAGAACAAUGAAACCCAUGUCCAGACCUGCUCAUCUCCAUCUGGAUGAUUUUUCAUUCUUUGCCGUCCGGAUAGAUUAUAGUGAGUCGACACCAAAUAGUAGGGGUGCAUACGACAAGCAAAGUGGGAGGAUGCCAUCUCUCGCACUGCUACCUAGUGCAGGACAGAACUGCCAUGUAGUGUGCCCAUGUGAUUCUUCUUCCACUCUGACGGCUCCCGCCCUUCCCCUUCGGUGGCCCCCAUUACUCUUCCGCUCUGUCAGAGCUGAUGAUAAGGAGAAUUUGUUCCUCUAA